UCUCCAAUGUCUCAUUUCUGAGUUCUUUUUCAAAACUGUCAACCAUGGCUCUUGGAACACAGUUAAUUUUUGGUUUCAUCGCUGCAAUAAUUGCUCUAUACUACAGCGGGCGAUCCAAGGUUCUUAUUGACAGCCUAGAUAAAGCGAUCUUCGGAUCCUAUGGUUGCGUUUCUGCACCAAAUAUAGAAGAACUCACUUUGCAAUAUUUUAAAACACGUGGUCGAGCUGAGAGUAUUCGAAUGAUUUUACAAGAUAAUAACAUUCCUUACUCUGAAGUUAACUUCAAUAAAGAUGAGUGGGUGGAAAUUAAGAAGGCCGGAAUUAAGAAUGGGGUACUCACUUUUGGACAAGUUCCUGCAAUCACAACAAAGUCUGGCUUUAGUCUUGUCCAAAGCAUGGCCAUAGUUCAUUAUAUUGGUCGUUCAUUGGGUAUGGAUUGUGAAUGUGAUGAUUACCAUUUAUGUGAAGUUAUUGCAUUAGGUUCAGAGGAUCUUCGUAUGAAACUGAACAAAGUCUUUUAUGAUCCAAACUUUUCAAUAUCAUCGAGAAACUCUUAUGUCACUGAUAUCUUGCCAACAUGGCUGGGUUAUUUUGAAAAACUCGCGUCAUCGUUCGAAAAGGAAAGUAACCAGUCAUAUUUUAUUGGUGAUCAUUCAACCUGGAUAGAUUACAUAAUGUUUGAACUUAUUGAUAUGAACACCGAGUUUGAUAUCUUAGAGGACUUUCCAAAGUUGAAGAAUUUUUAUGAAACCUUCCUUCAACGACCUAAUCUUCAAAAAUAUCUAGUGUCUCCUGCUCGCUUGCCAUAUCGUCUUCCUUAUCCUCCACGCACAGUCGUUGAAACUAAGACUUCCUAGACGUGACUGAUGUAGCUAAAUAAGUUAACCAGACGUCUAGUAAAGUAUCGUUAACAUCGACUAUGAAUAGUUGAGCAAUGAGUUUUGAACGUCAACCCUGUCGGAUUGAUCAAUUUAUUAAAUUAAACACAGACCAUUCUAAUAUCAGAAAAUGUAAAUCUAAGUUAUAAAACACCAAAAUAAUAAACAUUUUUAUCGAAAAACUAUUAAAUAACACUCUAAACUUUAGUGGCACGAUUUAUAGUAACUUUAGAGGGGGCAGAGUCACAAGACACAACCAUCCAUAUUUAUCGUCGUACUCAGGGUUACCAUGUUUGGCGCUUAGCGGGAAAUUUCUCAUGAUGAUCUUUUUCAAGAUCAUCGAAACAGUUUUUAAUCUGGGA